AUGGGAGACGAUGUAUUUGUUUACAUGACUAUGAACCGAAAUGCUGAGUCCAUUCCGGCGACUCCAUGUGACUUUGAGCCCACCCAACGGGCACUGGACUGGUCCGCCAAGUUGAACGGAAGGCCUGUGAAUGCCGUCAACCUCUACCACGAAGUACUCCGUGUCAUCUCCAACAGCUUCCGAGCGACAAUGAAAAGCAACGGCUUUGCAGCGAACCGCUUCUCACCACUGGACACCGACCUUGGCUCGCAACACACUGCCAAAGGCAUGACCCAUGAUAGCUCGGCCAAGGAUUUGGACUCAUUCAACUUUAGCUCACUCAAGUACAGUCUUGGUUUCUUGCUGCAGUCUCGAGAAGGUUUCGCACAGAAACGACAUAAACAAUCUGAGUCAAUCCGCGCUGACUUCAUCAACCCUCCUGGUAAGGGAUCAGGCGCCAGCCCCAGUACUAUUGUUGUCGAAGCCAAUGUUCCAAAAUGCCAUGUCCCUGAAGACCCAAUCAACAGAGGCACUUUCCCGUAUGCCAGCCUCCCCUUCGAAUUACGGCAGAUGGUACUCCGUGAGCUGGUUCCCACCAAGUCCAUCUGGAACGGGACAUCGUUCCCGAAGUUCUGUCCGAAGAACAUGACCAAGCCGCCGGAUGAGGCUGCCCGUGGCAAGCCCGAGGAUGCAUGGGGCCGCAAUGAGCCUGCUAUCAAGUCGCUCCUGAACGCCCGCCUGGUCAGCAGGAUGCUCAACCGCGACAUCGACGCCUUCUUCUCCCACGAGUGCACAUACUGGUUGAUGAUGGGCGCCACCGAGUUCUUCCUCUUCAAGUGCCUUGCGCUCGGCACGAGGUACCAUCACUUGUUUCCUCGGCAUGCCAGCUCUUUUCCUACGUGCCAUGGUGACCAGGUCAGCUGGGGCUACAUCGACGCGUACCAGGGCCCCUUGUGGCACCACAACACUCUGAGGCUGAAUCGUCUGCUGUGGAAAGACAUUGUCGAAAAACGUUGGGACCGCGGUCCUCGGUGCCCUGGCUAUCUCAAGUUUAUUGGGCGGUUCAGAAACCUAAAAGUCGUUUGUUUCAUGGGCCACAUCCCUAACGCGGACGAAGCUCUCGCCACCAUUCUCAACGGGAUCUCUGCGAAGCCCGCAUGGAGGAAUUGGGAACCUCCAAGGUUCCCAAGUAUCCAUCUCACGUUCCACCACUACGUCGGAUACCAUUGUUCAUACCUUUGCCAGGAGUGCGCAAGAGCCUGUUCAGCCCACAGAUUCUUGCCAUCAGGCCCUGAUUGGAUAGACCCGAUUCAUUGCACCUCCAUCGGCAUGGGCCGCGAAUCCUGGUUCUCGACUUGCGCUGGAUGCGUCAACUGCCUAGGCUCAACCGAAUCCAUAGAGGUGUUUCCCUCGAACUGGCACAACCUGUUGCUAGCCUGGGAGCCCGGCCUGAGACGGAGGGGGCCGUCGGCCUACAACGCACACCACACCAGCACCCAGCUGACGACCGUGGACACGCUCUUCAAGCCGUUCCUCGAGACGUGGGACGACCCCGUCAGGGCGGCGAUGCUGCGGAGCAGCCCCGGCUACACGCUCGACCCGGAGGCAGCGAAGCAGCAGCCCAUCCAGCCCAUGUACGGGAAGGAGGGCCUCGUCGACGCGUGGGAUAUGUGGAACAGGUGGGCGCACCACGCCUGGGACCGCGUCACCUUUGCAAAGUACCACGAGCGCCUCGGCUUCUACUGGUCUAGGUCCUUCCCGGACACCACGCGCUUCGAGUUCUCGUCCAAGAUGCUCUACAGCGACCCGCUCGUCCCGGGGAAGAAGUACGAGCUGGACGUCACUGGGCAGUUUGUCGGGCGGCAUGAUGCGACUCCCUUGUUGAGAAGCCAGGAAGCCGAGGACCCAGACACUGCUCUGGAGGCGGACGAUGCGUGA